GCGGCCCAUGCAGUCGCGGGUGCUCUGCCUGGGCGGCGGCGCCGCGGGCCCCGCAGCCCGCAGGGUUCGCCUGCUGCUGCGGCAGGUGGUGGGCGGCGGCGCGGGCGCGGCGCGGUCCGGCCGCCCGGAGGUCAGGGCGCUGCACAGCUCAGGUGAUACUGUCACUAUUGGAGAUGUGUCUUUUAAACUCAAAACACCGAAGAAUCCAGAACUUGUUCCACAAAACUACAUGACUGAUUCUUUGGCCCAGGCUGUAGUCCACCACUUAAGAUGGAUAAUGCAGAAAGAUCUUCUUGGCCAAGAUGUCUUUCUCAUUGGUCCUCCUGGGCCUCUCCGACGAUCUAUUGCUAUGCAAUAUCUGGAGCUAACAAAGCGGGAGGUUGAAUAUAUUGCGUUGUCAAGAGACACCACAGAAACUGACCUGAAACAACGAAGAGAGAUCCGGGAUGGGAGUGCAUUUUACCUCGAUCAGUGUGCAGUUCGUGCAGCUACUGAAGGCAGAAUCCUUGUGCUGGAAGGUUUGGAGAAGGCUGAGCGAAACGUCUUGCCGGUGUUAAACAAUUUGCUGGAGAACAGGGAAAUGCAGCUUGAAGAUGGUCGUUUUCUCAUGUCUGCAGAGCGUUACGACAAACUUCUGCAGGAUCAUACAAAAUCAGAAUUAGAUGCCUGGAAGAUUGUUCGGGUCAGUGAAGACUUCCGAGUGAUAGCUUUGGGCCUCCCAGUACCUAAGUAUUCUGGGAACCCUUUGGAUCCUCCUCUUCGCUCUCGGUUUCAAGCUAGAGAUGUUUACCAUCUGCCCUUUAGGGACCAUCUUCAGCUGUUAUAUUCAGUUGGAUCAAACAUUACCACAGAGAGAAUUUCUCAGCUCCUGUCUUUUGCUACAACUCUCUGCUCUCAAGAAUCUUCUACGUUGGGACUUCCAGAUUUUCCUUUAGACAGCUUAUCGGCUGCAGUUCGGAUUUUGGAUUGCUUUCCUAUGAUGUCAGUUCAGAGUGUUAUUGACCGGCUCUACCCCUAUGACAUGUUCCUGGGAAAAGAAGGAAGGACAGCAGUCAAAGAUGUCUUAAAACGUUUUGAGCUUCAAGAUUCAGAAAGCCACUUGCUUCCCAAAAAGAUCACAAACGUUGAAAGUGGAAACAAACCCUUGAAGGCUGAUGUAACUGUUCAGAUUGGUGAAAAAGAAGUGACAUUCCAGGUACCAGCUGGGACUGGGCUGUUAAAAAAUCAUCCUCAAUCAGAUACUUUCAUAAGGACUUCCAGCCAUCAUCAACUUCUGGCAGAAAUGAUGCAGUCCCACAUGGUUAAAGAUAUGUGUUUAAUUGGAGGAAAAGGCUGUGGCAAAACAGUUAUUGCUAAGGAGUUUGCUGAGAUACUUGGAUACAAUAUAGAACCUAUAAUGUUGUACCAGGAUAUGACAGCUAGAGAUUUACUGCAGCAAAGGUACACUCUUCCUAAUGGAGACACUGCUUGGAGACCAUCACCACUUGUUACAGCUGCCCUGGAAGGAAAGCUCGUUAUUCUUGAUGGAAUUCAUCGAAUUAACCCUGGUACUUUAGCUGUACUUCAAAGACUAAUACAUGACAGAGAUCUGACUCUCUAUGAUGGCACCAGACUGUUAAGGGAAGACAGAUACCAAAAGUUAAAAGAAGAAUUACAGAUCUCUGAUGAGAAACUACAGGAAAGAUCUAUUUUUCCUAUCCAUCCUUCUUUCAGGAUAGUUGUCUUAGCAGAACCUCCUGUCAUUGGAAGCAGUACCCAACAGUGGCUGGGUCCAGAGUUUCUGACGCUGUUUCUCUUUCAUAACGUUCGAUCUUUAAGCAAGAAUGAAGAAAUUGAAGUCAUUAAAAAAUUGAUUCCAAAUGUGCCCAGUGUUGCUGUGGAGCAGUUGUUGUCACUAGCACACAAGCUUCGGGAGACAAAUGACACCACGGCACAAUCCUUGGCUUCAUCUUUGUCUACUCGACAACUGUUGCGAAUUUGCCGUCGGCUGUCACAACACCCAGAUGAAAGCCUUUACUAUGCUGUUAAUAAAGCCUGCCUUUCCAGGUUUUUGCCAAACCUUGCCAGAUCAGCCCUACAUAAAAAUCUGCAGGACUGUGGUAUUGAGACAAGUGCAGAUGAAAUGAAGAAACAAGAUGAAAAGGAUUACACAUGUGAAAUAAAUAACAGCAUUCUGAAGAUAGGAUCUGUGACAAUGCCCAUUUAUAACUCAACUGAGAAAAUGAAAGUGCCUGAUGUUUUGUUUUAUGAAAAUGCACAACACAUGAUGGUAAUGGAAGAUAUGCUAAAGGACUUUCUGCUGGGAGAACAUCUUCUUUUAGUUGGCAAUCAGGGUGUUGGGAAAAACAAGGUCGUAGACAGAUUCCUUCACCUCUUAAACAGGCCCAGAGAGUAUUUACAGCUGCACAGGGAUACCACUGUACAAAGCCUUACCCUACAACCUUCAGUUAAAGAUGGUCUUAUUGUAUAUGAAGAUUCACCACUGGUAAAAGCAGUGAAGUUUGGACAUAUUUUGGUAAUUGAUGAAGCAGACAAAGCACCCACAAAUGUUACCUGUAUCUUAAAAACUUUAGUGGAAAGUGGAGAAAUGGUUUUGUCUGAUGGAAGGCGAAUUGUUGCCAAUCGUGCUCAUGUAGAGGGAAGAGAAAAUGUAAUAGUUAUUCAUCCUGAUUUUAGAAUGAUAGUUCUAGCAAACAGACCUGGAUUUCCUUUCUUGGGUAAUGACUUUUUUGGUACAUUAGGGGACAUUUUCAGUUGCCAUGCUGUUGACAAUCCCAAACCAGAGUCUGAACUGGCUAUGCUUAGACAAUAUGGUCCUGAUGUUCCAGAGCAAAUUCUUCAGAAACUGGUGGCUGCUUUUGGAGAACUCAGGAACUUAGCUGACCAAGGAAUUAUUAACUAUCCCUAUUCAACUAGAGAAGUUGUGAAUAUUGUAAAACAUCUACAGAGAUUUCCAUCUGAAGGACUGGCAAGUGUGGUUCGAAAUGUAUUUGACUUUGACUCCUACAACAACGAAAUGCGUGAGAUUUUAAUCACCAUUUUACACAAACAUGGGAUCCCUAUUGGAGCAAAACCAACCAAUGUACAGCUGGCCAAGGAACUGCCAUUGCCAGAUCAUAAAUUCAUGGGCUACUGGAAAGUCAAUCAGCCAGGGAAUGCACAACAGAAACUGCUGUGUCCAACAGAAACUCAGAAAAUAGAUGUAAAGGGCCCUGUGUUCUUGAACAUCCAAGGAUUUCCCCUGGAACGCCACGAAGCCAGGUCCCUCAGUUUCACAGAAGAACUCGCUUUCUGGACGUUGCCUUUGGAUGAAGUUAACAUCAUCUGUGAUGUAGCAGUAACAAAAGAAGAAGCAGCUGAAAAUAUUCUUUAUGUUACCACAUGCAAUCCUGUUUCCUUGUACUUCAUGAAUGUUUCCAGUAAGAGUGGAUACUGUGUGGAUCUUUAUGACCUCUUCCCAAGAACAGUUGGAAGUGUCUGGCAACCAUUUGUGACUGUGGCAUCGCUGGGAAAUCCACUCAAAGGUCAAGUGGUUCUACAUGAAGAGGAGAGCAAUGUUGUGUUGUUGCUGGAUACCAACAGUGGUGCCCUUCGCCGACUUUUGCUCUUACCAGACGAUCAAGAGUCUCUGAAGAAAUCAUCUUGGUGGAGCAGCAAAGAGCAGGUGUGCAACUACAAAAUGUGCCGAGAAUUUUCACACAAAAAUUGGCUGGUGUUCUACAAAGAAACAGGGAACCACCUUGUUGUACUGGAUGUAUUAGAGGGUCAAACUCAUACCAUCUCGCUUCCCAUCAGUCUGAAAUCUGUCUUCCUGGUGGCUGAGGACCGGUGGCUUUUGGUGGAACAUGAAACAAAUCAGAAAUUUCUUUUAACCAAGCGUGUCCAUCUGGAAGCUGAAGACAGUGAGGUUUGCCAGCUGUAUGCAUUGAGUGAAGAGCCAGCUGACAUGGGAUUUGGCUUAACAACAGCGUCGGAGCUGUGUGUGCCGCAUGCGGUUUCAAGUGACCAGUUGUCUUCAGACAACCUCAGCGCAGCCGUGGGACAAAAGAUCAGCUCCCCCAACAGGAUUUUCUCAGAUGAACAUAAUUAUGCUACUGUUGUUAUUGGUUUCCCAGACCUCUUGUCUCCUAGUGAAGUGUAUAGCUGGAAAAGAAACUCCUCCCUGAGCUGCAAACGUGCUUCUCCUUCUGAUCCGUUUUAUUACGGAGCCCAAAGGAAAAGAGGAGCUGCAAAACAAACCAAUUGUGUGACUUUAUUGGCUUCUAAUCAAAUAGUCAGAAUUUUAGCACCUGGAGAUGUGCCUUUGAAAGACAUUUACCCAAAAGAUGUCACUCCUCCACCAGCUGCUGGGUACUUGGAAGUAACAGAUCUUAACUCCAAGAAAAUCAAAUACAUUGCUAUUCCAAGUUCACAAUCCCUCUCUCCAUAUACAUCUUGGCUUGCUAAGAUCUCGGAUGCUGAUGCCUUGUUGGCACCACUGGGCAAAGUAGGUUUGGUUACUGUGGACAUGGGAGGUGGUGUGAGGCUUUGGGAGACUGGACUGGAAAGCCUCCAGCAAUCACUGCAGGACUGGAGGAACAUGAUUGGCCAAGAAGAUGGUCGUCCUGUGCAGAUAACCAUUCAGAGGGAGAGUGGUUUGGAUGUCAGUUCUCCCAAACAUGGAAAAGUGGAUCCAGACAACAUGCCACAUGUUGGUGGAAAUACCUGGGCUGGUGGAACAGGUGGGAGAGACACUGCUGGGUUAGGUGGCAAAGGUGGGCCAUAUCGACUAGAUGCUGGCCACAAGGUUUACCAAGUAUCUCAAGCUGAAAAGGAUGCUGUGCCUGAAGAGGUGAAGAGAGCUGCUCAAGAGAUGGGUGAAAAGGCUUUUAAACAGAGGUUGAAAGAGAUUCAGAUGAGUGAAUAUGAUGCAUCAACUUAUGAAAGGUUCUCUGGAGCAGUGCGACGUCAAGUUCAGUCGCUCCGCAUCAUCUUAGACAAUCUGCAGGCCAAGGGUAAGGAAAGACAAUGGCUGAGACACCAGGCUGUUGGAGAGCUAGAUGAUGCCAAAAUCAUUGAUGGGCUGACAGGAGAAAAAGCCAUAUAUAAAAGACGGGGAGAACUUGAGCCACAGCCUGGGAGCCCCCAGGAGAAGCCGAAACGCUUGCGCCUGGUGGUGGAUGUUUCUGGCAGCAUGUACCGCUUUAACGGCGUGGAUGGGCGACUGGAACGCUCCAUGGAGGCUGUCUGCAUGGUCAUGGAAGCUUUUGAGAAUUAUGAGCAGAAAUUCAAGUACGACGUUGUCGGCCAUUCAGGAGACGGCUUUAACAUCGCCUUGGUUGGGAGUGACAAAGUUCCCAAGAACAAUAAGCAGAGAUUAGAGGUUCUUAAGACCAUGCAUGCCCACGCUCAGUUCUGCAUGAGUGGAGACCACACCUUGGAGGGGACAGAGCAUGCCAUUCGUGACAUUGCCAAGGAAGAGGCCGAUGAGUACUUCGUUAUCGUCUUGAGCGACGCCAACCUUGAGCGAUACGGAAUUCCCCCAGCCAGGUUCGCCCAGGUCCUGACCACCAAUGCUCAAGUCAAUGCUUUUGCCAUAUUCAUAGGAUCUUUAGGAGACCAGGCAGAUAGGCUGCAGAGAAUGCUACCGGCAGGUCGGUCUUUUAUUGCCAUGGAUACCAAAGAAAUCCCCCAGAUUUUGCAGCAGAUCUUCACAUCCACCAUGUUGUCAAGUGCCUAAACAUCACUGAUGUGUGAAGUCAAAGACAACACCCCCUCGCCUUGGAGAUAGGAACCCUGAAGCCGAGGAUAAACACAAGUCAUUAAUAAAAUGCCUACCGUUCUCAAAUCAGCAAACCUGCAUCUGUACAACAGCUGGGCUCUGACAGUUCACCCCAGCUCUCUCAACCAACUUAGCACAUUCAGAGAAUUGGAGCAGAGUGGAGGUAAAUCAUGGGAUGGCAACAGAGCAAAGGGUUUUUCCUGAGGCACAAAUAAACAGAAAGCAGUUGAUCAUCAGUGCUCUGCCUGCCCUGUUGCCAGGACUAUGCUAUCAUCUCACUCUGUUUCAUUAAACACGGUUCACUUGGAUUUGGUAUUAUGCAAGGCAGAGCCAGGCAAUCUGUUAGAGUGUUUCACAUACAUCUGUUUGAAUGGGUGGUUAACUCCGUCUCUGAUUUAAACAGGACUGCUCUCGUCGGGCAGGAAACCCUUCCUUCCUCUGGUGUUGCUUUCUUGUCCUGAUGGGCAUGGGGCUUCACUGCUGGAUGCUGGGAACAAUAGAGGGGUUUGGAAACACUGACAGCGGCGUGUAAACACUCAUUAUCUGAUCAGGCACGGUGCUCAGACUUUUCAGCUCUAGAGAAAGUGGCUAUUAAGAAGCAAAACAAAACAAAAAUCGAUUGGUUCAGUUCUGCCUGCGAAAAGUAAAGGGAAAAGGUCAAAAGUCUUAAGAAGGCAGCAGCCGGCGUUUGCAAGGAGGGAACUACUGCCGAGCCUCCUUUGUGUAGCAAACGUUGCCAUCCAGCUGCACUGCUGCCCAGAACCCCUGGGACAGCCUCAGUACAUGGAGGUGCCUCUUUGGGUGGGAGACAAAAUUUAAGUUCCUAAUGUUUUGCUAGAACUUCAUCAACUGUUUUGCUUGGGUCUUCUGAAGAUGAAACUGGUGGAAAUAUCUAGGCAUGAGAAAGUAAGAUUUUUUUUAUAGAGGAAACAGGAGGGGGAAGAAAUCUGUAUUAAGGUAUAUUUAAUAGCCAGGAUAGAUAUAAAGACUUCCUUUCUAAUUGGAUCAGUUGGAGUUUGGCUCAUCCCAUGAGCUAAUAAUUCUUCAUCUACUAAAGAGUCUUGAUCUCGUAGUGAAUCAGGAACACUGGAAUAUUUGAUUCAUUGAAUGUAUGGUUUAAUCUGGGGCAGGAGGUCUGUGGGCUGCCCAGGGAGGUGGUGGAGGCACCGGCCCUGGAGGCGUUCAAGAAAAGCCUGGAUGAGGCACUUAGUGCCAUGGUCCAGUUGAGUGGCUAGGGCUGGGUGCUAGGUUGGAGUGGAUGAUCUUGGAGGUCUCUUCCAACCUGGUUGAUUCUGUGAUACUCUGCUGAUAUUGAUUUGAAGGUAACCGAGCAGAAAGAACUCAAAGAAGACUCGUAGGAGCCUGAAGGAGGAAUUGCAAUACUUCACUGUGCUGUGAGCAGUAUAGUUGGAGAGGAAAAGGCAGAUUGGUUGAAUCAUGUUAAAUGCAACCACUAGUGUUUCAAAGGGUCCAGUUUCUAGUGGUCAUUCUCUACUCCAUCAGUCCUGCAACAAAAAAAACUUUACCAGAGCAUCAAAACCAUCUCCUAUCGAGGAUAUGUUUUGAAGCUUGGCCAGCUUUGAAACCCUUCAUGGCAAGAAACAAUGGAAGACGUUUUUCAAAGGCUUGUUAGUAUUGUUAUGAUAACUAUGUAUGUGAAAACAAAGAAGCUGAUGAUGCAACUCCUGUUGUAGAGAAGGGAAUUGGGAGGAGAAGCUUGAGAAGGGUAUCCCUGGCUGGGACAAAUACAUGCACAUACACACAGACACAGCUACUAAGGGAGAAGUUGCUUCAGAAUAUAGCUAUCUUGGUGCUGUAAAAAUAUGCUUAAUAUUUCUAAUGAAAUAUGCUAGAUGCAACAAAGAAGUGGCAUGUUAAUAAGUCUGCCAGUAAAUGUGGUUUUACAAGGAAAUUCCUUCAGCACCCACUGCUUUUAUUGCCAGUAACUCUUCAAAAAAGCAGCAUUUUGUCACAGUUAAUCAACAAAUGUACAGUGCACUGCUCUAGAUAACUUGAGAGGAUAAACUUUCUCACCUCAGGUUUACAUGCAGUAGGAUACUGUUCUCUUUAUCAUAAGAAAAUGGCAUUAUUUAGGAAAACUCUUAAGGUAAAUCAAAUUGAAAACCUUUUGUUCCCUGGAAAUUUGUAUUUCAUGUCAUGCUAUUUAAAGUUACCUUUCUUCUUUGUUUCA